CGCGGGGCCGCCCUCCCCGCCUCGCGCCGUAGCGCAGUUCCAAGAUGGCGGCCACCAUGAAGAAGGCGGCUGCAGAAGAUGUCAAUGUCACUUUUGAAGAUCAACAAAAGAUAAACAAAUUUGCACGGAAUACAAGUAGAAUCACAGAGCUGAAGGAAGAAAUAGAAGUAAAAAAGAAACAACUACAAAACUUAGAAGAUGCCUGUGAGGACAUCAUGCUUGCAGAUGACGACUGCUUAAUGAUACCUUAUCAGAUCGGAGAUGUUUUCAUUAGUCAUUCUCAAGAAGAAACACAAGAAAUGUUAGAAGAAGCCAAGAAAAAUAUGCAAGAAGAAAUUGACGCCUUAGAAUCCAGAGUGGAAUCAAUUCAGCGGGUGUUAGCAGAUUUCAAAGUUCAGUUAUAUGCAAAAUUUGGGAGUAACAUAAACCUUGAAGCUGAUGAAAGUUAAACAUUUUAUAAAAUUUUUUAAAAUUUGUUUAAUAAACUUGGAAUAUUUUUUAAAAAA